AUGAUUGACAAAGUUGCAGUAGUAACUGGUGCCAAUAAGGGAAUAGGUUAUGGUAUAGUAAACCAGUUAUGUAAACGUGGUGUUAAAGUUGUGUACCUCACGGCACGUGAUGUAACAAAAGGCACAGAAUCUGUAAAAGCCCUAGAAGCUGAAGGAUACCAACCCAUAUUUCACCAACUUGAUGUAACCAACGGAGAAAGUGUUAAGAAGUUCGCAGAUUUUAUAAAAAGUCGUCAUAGUGGUAUUGAUAUUCUUAUUAACAACGCUGGAAUCGCAACUAAAGAUAUUACGGGAGUAUCAUACGAGGAUGCUAUUGAUGUCAUAAAUACGAACUUCAAUAGUUUACUCACAGUUGAGAAGUAUAUUUUUCCACUUUUAAAUGACAAAGCGCGUGUCAUAAAUAUGUCUAGUGAGUGCGGUCAUCUUUCUAAAAUUAAAAAUAAAUAUUGGAUUAAAAAACUGGCUCAAGAAGAUGUAACAUUAAAUGAUAUACAAAAUUUCACAAAGUGGUUUAUAGAUUCAGUUCAAAAUAAUACCAUGAAUGAAGAAGAUUUUGAAUGGAGUAUCCUAUUUUCGUAUGUGAUAUCGAAAAUUGCUGUUUCUGCGUACACACGAGUGCAACAAAGAGAAAUAGAUAGAGAUAUAUCGAUUAAUUCGUUGCACCCAGGAUUCGUAAAAACAUCAAUGACGAAAGAAGUAGGUUAUUUAACUAUUGAAGAAGCAAGUGAUGCUCCUGUCUAUUUAAGUUUAGAUGCUGAUCAGUCGAUUAAGGGUAAAUAUAUUUGGUUCGACAAAACUGAAAAAGAUUGGACAAAUAUAUACUUAGACUUAAAUUAUAUUGAUCCAGCAACAUACAAAGAAUUUGUUGAAAGAUUUAUCUAGUAAUAUAUUUCUUAGAUAUGUAUUUUUAUUAAAAGUUGAAUAAAUGAUCU